UGAGACAGCAUUAUAAUUCAGGGUUGUUUUUGUAACAUUGUUGUAUUCUCUUUCCAACACUUUCAAAAUCAUUCACAAUAGGCAUGUUUUUCGUUCCACUCUGGCAUGUUGUCUGUACAUGUCAGCGCAUGGGUAAACUAACCUCCUUAGAUUUUUAGCAUAUGCCUUGCUACAUAGCUGUGGCUAACAAGUUUUACUUGCGCUAUCAUCUUAAAUAUUCAAUUACAAUAACAGAAAAUGGUCAAUUAUACAAUAAUCUGUAUUCAUUGGCAUAUAUAAAGGCAUUGGUUUCGAUGUUAUUGCAACGUUUACAUUUUACUUCUAGAGGACAGGAUGAAAGCUGUCCAUUUCUCCAUGCUAGCUAGCAUUGGGGGCAGAAAUAGUAAAGCUCCAACAAAUGUCAUCGGUUUUCUAGCUAAGUAGCAAGCUAGCUAUCUCUGACUAGUGUUGAUUUACUGCGUACUUGACCACACUAACACUAAUAUCGCCCUUCUCAUCACCCUGUUUUUUGAUUUCAUACUAUGGUUUGCUCAGAGACACUGUUUCAUAUCAGCAAACUAUGAGGUUUGGUAGACGCUUCAUUAUGGUAGUUGAUGGGCGGUAAUAUUUUCCAGUUGCGUAUUGAAGAGUAAAGAAAUGAUCUGAAUGAAAGGAACUACGACCAUUGUGUAGUCUUGAUUAGUGUCCAAUUAAAGCAACUGUAAGUAAUUGUUGUCUAAAACUGGUGAGCUAGAUACAUAAAAAGCAUGCAUCACAACAAACGGCUGAGUUGGCGCUGACAAAAGCGUGCUAAAAUGCUAGCUCGUGUCUUGCGUCGAUACAGUUGGCAGUGCAGUGCUGUAGCUUUUCUUACAUUUUCGCGGGGGGUUCCAGCCUCUAUGACAGAUGGGAAAGACGGCUUUGUUUAUCUUUCCUUCACAUGACGACAUACUAUCAAAAUUAAUUUGAAGAUAACAAAAUGAGUUGCCUAUAAAAAACAUACAUACAUAACAUAAAUAAAAGCUAGAGACAAAAGGAAGGAAAGAUACAAUUAUAAUUAAAUUAUACAAUAUAAAUAAGUGGAGUGUAUUUGAUCAGUUAACAAAACGCAUCUGAGAACAGUUGGGUCUUAAGUCUAGAUGUGAAACUACAGUGGGAGCACCUUUGAUGUCAUCAGGAAGUUGGUUCCAGAGCUGAGCAGCAUAGCAACUAAAAGCUGCUUUACUAUGUUUAGUUCUAUAGGUAUUACCAAGAGAUUGUUCUCUAGUGAUCUGAGAGGUCUGGCAGGUGUGUACAGCUGAAAAAGUGUUAAAAGAUAUCGACUGAAGUGGUGCUUUGUGUAGGUUACUAGCACGCUAACCUCUCUGAGUCUAAGCCAUAUCAAAUAAACACAGCCGCCAUGAAGAAUUAAGGUCUGGUAUGUGACAUUGACAUUUUGUGAAGGUGUUGAAUCUCUUGUAAUGUAAUAAUAAUUGAUUUUCUCUCACUAAACAAGGACAAUUGAGUGUCCCUGAUAUGGACAGGGCUUUGGGACGUGUCUGAUUGUUGGAGGGGCUUUCAUCAGUAAAAACACUCGGACAGCAAGGCUACUGGAGAACUUAGAAGUAUGGAACCGCAGGAAGAUUGCUUUUUUGACUGUGAGGAAAAUUUGCAGGAACAUGGUAAAAGAUUACAUGACGGUGCAGUGUCACAACUCGGAGCAGGUGAAGGAACUGUCAAAAAUUCACGGAAUGGGGCACCACCAAGUUGUGGAGACUCAGACAGUUCAGGUUUAAGUGAGUUGAAGAGAAAUUUUGAAGAGUUAAGUGUGGACAGACUUGAGGGGGAAGCGAGUGAAUCUACGGUUGCACCAGAAGACGGGAGCCAUGGCCACAGUGGACAUGAAAGCGUAACUGAAGAGGAAAAAGACGACUGGACAGAUACAGAACCUGAACUAAAAGAAGAACUUGCACCAGAGUUUGAUGAUGAGCACCUGAAAGAGAUAGAAAAGGACUUAACAGAGGAAGAGAAAGAGAGCAGACGAAAAGAAAGUGUGGCGCUGAAGGAAAAAGGCAACAGCCAGUUUAAGGAAGGAGAGCAUGUUGAGGCUGAAGAGUCUUACACGGCUGCCUUGCAUAUUUGUCCCGUGAGCUGCAGUAAAGAGAGGUCUAUUCUCUUCUCAAAUCGAGCUGCUGCUCGCUCACAUCAGGAUAAGAAGGAAGAAGCCAUCAAGGACUGCUCCAAAGCUAUAGAGCUGAAUCCAGACUAUGUGCGUGCACUUCUGCGGAGAGCUGAACUCUAUGAGAAGACUGAUAAGCUGGAUGAGGCUCUGGAGGAUUACAAGAGUGUCUUAGAAAAAGAUCCAAGUCUUCCAGUGGCCAGGGAAGCAUGCAUGAGGUUACCUCAGCAGAUUCAGGAGCGCAAUGAGAGGCUGAAGGAGGAGAUGAUGAGUAAACUAAAAGACUUGGGCAAUAUGGUCCUGCGUCCAUUUGGCCUCUCUACAUCAAACUUCCAGGUCAAUCAGGAUUCCGGCUCUGGAUCCUACUCCAUUAACUUUGUGCAGAAUCCUGGUACCAACAGAAGAUAACACAACGGCCAUACCACUGCUUUUGAAAUGUAAAAUAGCCAAAAGACCAUCAUGUCCUGCUGUGCUAGUGUUGUUGAGUGUCCUGCAAAUAAUAUGUAGGGGAAUGGCUAGUGUAUUUGAAGUGAAGCAGUCAUAUUCAUUCUCACAUGAAUCAACUAUCAGUCCAAAUGUGUUGAUACAAAUAAUGCAGAUGUGGUUUUAUAUCGUCCAUAUCAGGUUGUGUGUCUAAAAAGUACAAUUGGUGUUCUACUGCUGUUCUUGUGCUGUUGAACUAGCUUUCUUUUAAAACACUGAGUGAUACUGAUCUUAUGCAUGGUGUUCUGGAAGCUAAUCCAGUAACACCGCCAGAAACUGUGUGGCAAUUCGCUAUGAACUUAACUGCAGUGGGAAGCGAAUCAUUGAAGUCCAUUCUAAAAUUGUUUAGUCACACACAUUGUUUGACUUUUUUUUUUGUACUCUGCCAACUCAACACAGUGUAAUUUGUGAAUCUCAUGCUGUGCUUACAAGCAUACACAAAUAAAUGCAGACAGACGUAUCUCAGAGGCUGUGGACACCAUCCACUGAGAUUAACAGUAGUGAGAAACCUUGUCUACAUUGUAA